UGAGAAAUGGAAGGAAUUCAACAAUUUAUUUGAGAUAUUUUCUUCUGAGGAUAUUGACCAGAAAAAAGUAUGCUGUAAAAUGGCUUAUUUUCAAGACGCUUCUUAUUAUCUGCAAAAAAUUCGUGACCCUCUAGCAGAUUAUCAAGAACAAAAAGGGGUACCAAGGGAGGAAUUAUACAGUUUCCUGAGCCUGUUAACAACAUUAUGCCAGCAUUCUUACAACGCCUUCGUAGUGAUUUUUGCGAUGUUGUACAACUUAUCACCCAUGAUGGAUUCCAUACUUUGCGUUUUGAGAUUUCUGCUGGACAAGAUGAUAGAAAUUAGCCAGACACAAAAUUUGCAAGAAAGGACGCACAAAGUGCUGAUUUUUGUCGGGCAACUCUCGGUAUUGGGAGCAGUCGGUUUUAUGAUAUACACACUGAUUAUUUUUCCGAUAGUAAAUCUCAUCAGUGCUAUAGCUCUCUGCACAUGGGGUUGGAUAAACCCACAUAUGGCGUAAAUAUAGUUUCGAAAUG